AUGCUCGCCGUACAACACGCUCCGAGGAUGGGUUCGUCGCAGCCGCCCUCAGAUGCUUUCAUGCCCUUUGGCUACUCAUUCGAUCCUAAUCAAGAUCCUCCUAUCAACAAUCCGCCGGAGCCCGCGCCUGGUGCUCCUCUUUUGUCAGAUAAUGACAGCAGACUUCUGACCUCAUUCUUCGACGACAUUCAUGCCGAUCAUUUCAACAUGCCCUCCUUUGGUGAGGGACUCAACUUCAGUGAUACUUGGCUUGAUCUUCCACCACAAUUUAUGGGAUCUAGUACUUCAUUCGGCCAACAGCCGGGACCUUCGCUAGCCGACCCAUCAACUCAAGGGCUUCCCCAUGGUCUCAACGAAUUCCAUGGUAUGGCGUCCAUGGGAUCUAACAUGAUGCCUCCCCCACCGCCGCCUCCACCCCAUCCGCAACACCAGACUGAGCAUCGACACACCCCUGACGAUGUACUUAAUGCGGCCGCUACACUUAUUCAGAAUGGCCCAAAUCAGCGACAAAAUUCCAAUGGAGUCGAUGGUUCUUUGCAAAGGCAUUUAAUAGGCCCUCCAGUAGGCCACUUAAGGCAUCAGCCGUUAGAGGAGUUCCGCGAAGAGCAUCGACGCAGCGUGGCAGCUAGUGAGCAAGAACAUUAUCCGGACUGGAUGAUGAAGCCUCAUGAAAAGAAUCAGCAUCGAGGAGCACCACCAGCCGAGUACCAAUGGGGUUCUGAUGCCAACUUUGACCGCCUCCAAGGCUACACUCCAAAUUCAGAAAAGGAAACUGGAGAAUCCCUAGCCAAAGAACAGCUGAAAUAUCUUGAAUGUUUCGAACCAAGCAAAAGUGCCGAUAACACACGACCUAGCAGUCCGCUUCAGAUCAAGGCUCCACUCCCACAUAGCAGACUAUCAGAGCUCACAAAAGCGCAAGAAGCAGAUACACCCCCACGGAAAAGGCGGAAGAGUAGAAACAGUAAGGACGUCCCUGAAGAAGAAGUACAGGAAGAAACGGGUACGCAAAAACCAGCACGGAGGCGAAAACCCAAGGCAGAACGCGCAGGCUCGAUCACAAUGGCUGUUGCAGAUGAACCUUCCAGCGGAAAACGCCGCAAGUCAGCGGUCAAUAAUAGCAAACUAUCAAGAGAGAACCUUUCGGAGGAACAAAAACGCGAGAACCACAUAAAGAGUGAGCAAAAGCGACGCACUCUAAUCAAAGAGGGCUUUGAUGACUUGUGCGACCUAGUUCCUGGACUUCGUGGUGGAGGGUUUAGCAAGAGUACCAUGCUCACCAUGGCGGCCGAAUGGCUCGAGGAUCUGCUAAAGGGAAACGAGGCAUUGGCCACCCAGCUUGCUACUCUGGAAGGGCGCACAUAA